AUGGCUAAUGAUAGAGAAGUACUUCGGAUGAUAUGGGAAGGACAAUUGGCUCUAUGUUUCCAAGCAGAUCCUGAUGAAAUAGUUGGGCUUCAACAACCGGAAAAUUUUUAUUUGAUGGUGUCUCGUCUCAGUUAUUUACCAUUAGUCACAGACAAAGUUAAAAAAUAUUUUAGUCGGUUUAUUGCCGACAGCCAACAAGAUGGAGUAGUAUGGUUUGAUUGCAAUGGCACUCCUCUGAAGCUUCAUUAUCCGAUUGGAAUUCUAUACGAUUUGUUUCAAGAAGAGGGAAGUCAACCGUGGUGUCUAACAAUACACUUUUCAAAAUUUCCAGAAGAUACAUUGGUAAAAUUUGACACAAAAGACUUGCUGGAAUCUUAUUAUAUGUCGUGCUUAAAAGAAGCAGACGUUCUAAAGCAUAGAGGUCAAGUUAUAUCUUCGAUGCAAAAAAAGGAACACAACCAAUUGUGGAUUGGACUGGUAAAUGAUAAAUUCGACCAAUUUUGGGCUAUUAAUCGCAGAUUAAUGGAACUCAAUGGUGAACAGGAAUGCUUUAAAUACGCCCCUGCAAGAUUUUAUAAUGAGGAUGGUACUUACAUGCAGAAACUUGUGUCUCCAAUCACAGCCAGUGGGAAAAAGAAAACCGUGAAAGAUUUGCUGGAAGAAUUGUCUACACCUGAACGAAAGGCAGUUGGAGUAAAAACGCAUGGAAUCGUUAUACACACCGAAACUCAUCUGCAGUGGAUGUCCGAACACCUAAGCUACCCCGAUAACUUCCUUCAUUUGGUAAUUGUUUACCAUAGUGGUUAA